UUCAUGUUGAAGUUUGCCAGAAAACAACAAAAUUCUGUAAAGCAAUCAUCCUUCAAUUAAAAAUAAAUUAAUUUAAAACAUAUGCAGCUUUCAUGGAUACACUGAACAUUUACCUUGGUAGCGCAUAUAUUCUGUUCUAUAAAAUAGAUCUCAAUUAUAUUUAAAAGACUGAAAUAAUAUCUUUGACAGCAACAAAAGCUGUACUUAACCCUAAUGUCCUAUACUAUAAAAAAAAAAGAAUCUUAAAUAAAGAAUCGAACCUCUCUUCAGAAACUAGAAAGUGAAGAGGAAAAUAAACUGCAAGCAAGUAGAAGCAAUGGAUUAAUACAGAUAGAAGUAGAAAUCAAUGACAUAGAAAAGAGAAUGAAAUCAAUGAAACCGAAACGUGGUCCUUUGAGAGGAUCAAUCAAAUUAAUAGUUGUCUAGCCAGAUCGAUUAAGGAAGAAAAAGAAGGCAUACAUUACUAUCAGGAAUGAGAGUAGUAAGAUCACUACAGACUGCAGGGGUAAAGGAAAUAGUAUUAAGAAGUCUAUGACCUUCCAUAUAUGAUGCUGGGUGAAGGGCUGAAGGCCAGGGAUUUGGGCAGGAUAUAGAUCCCAUUACCCGUGACCGUAGCCUCCCUAAGAAGGCCAGGUCAAGGAUUUCCAAAGCACUGUCACAUGACCGCUUAACUUCCUAAGACCAAAAGAUCUCCAGAUCUUUCAUCUGUGGUCUGCAAUAUGUCCCUCUUUCUCAUGAUAUUCACUCAAUGGUGGUUGUUUAUUCUCUUAUUGAGGGUCUAUCACACCAUGAGUCUGCCUGGGUCGCCUGAGAUGCUCCGCCUCACUCGGGGUUCUGCCCCGCCUGAACCCGCUAUACCCGGACCCAGCACCUCGUGACUUCACGCCUCACCUCAUAAAUCUGCAGGCCUGAGUCAGGGGGCGCAGGACAGAGUGGCGGUGAAGGCCUGCUACCGUGCAAGGUCUUUCUUCCGUCAUCUCAGGCGCCCCUCCCAUCGCCCGGGUCCUGGCUCAGUCUGCUGGCCGGAAGAGGAGGGACCAGUUUCCGCUGCCUACCCUCGUGGCUGGCAGCUUGCGACGCAGUUAUGGGGUCAUCCGUGUCCAAGGCUGCCCUCGGGGCGACCACCAACGAGCCCACAGAACCCGAGCAGAAACACCUGGCGGAUCUGAUCCAGCACAUAAAUGGAACAAAUAUGAGUGUUGUUCAUCUGGCUGACAUUCUUUCUGAGAAAACUGGUAGCAGCAGCUGGGUGGUGGUGUUCAAAGCCCUGGUUACUGUCCAUCACCUCAUGGUGUAUGGAAAUGAGCGUUUUAUCCAGCAUCUUGCAUCGAGAAGUUCUUUGUUCACUUUACACAACUUUCUGGAUACAAGUGUCGUAGAAGGCUAUGCUAUGUCAGCUUUCAUCAGACGAUAUAGCAAGUACUUGAAUGAAAAGUCACUCGCGUAUAGACUGAUGGAGUCAGACAUCACCAAAAUCAAGAGAGGGACAGACGGUGUGAUGAGAACUAUGAACACUAAGAAACUGCUGAACACUCUUCCAGUUAUUCAAAUUCAGUUUGAUGCUCUUCUGAAUUUUAAUGCAAAUGCUGAUGAACUAACUAAUGGUAUAAUACAUGCUGCUUUCAUGCUCCUCUUUAAGGAUUCUCUUCGCCUCUUUGUAGCCUAUAAUGAGGGGAUCCUUAAUCUGCUAGAUAAAUAUUUUGACAUGGGAAAGAAGCAAUGCAGGGAAAGUUUGGAUGUUUACAUCAAGUUCCUCGAAAGAAUGACCAAAUUGGCACAGUUCCUUAAAGUUGCAGAGCAAGCUGGAAUUGACCAGAAUGACAUUCCAUAUCUUUCUCAGGCACCCUACAGUUUACUUGAAGCACUAAAACAGCAUUUGGCUUCUCUGGAGGACAAACAUGACAUUCUACCUCCUUAUGGCAUGCAGCGUGCAUUGAUUCCCUCCAUACCAAACGGUCCAGUUGUGAGAACCUCAGCAAGCAAAGUCAGGUUUUCAGCCCGCAAACAUGUUGAAGCCAGACAGCAAAAUGAAAAAGUUGUAGCAAAUGACCUGGACGGUUCAGUUGUUAGCCUUGUAGAAAAUCUUAACUUUGGAGAAAGCGCAGUUAACAGAUCUGAUGUGAAGUGGCGUCACCCCUCAGAGAUGGAAAUGACCAGUGAAAUGAACUGGCAGUUGAGUAACUGCACCUGCAUGUCAACCAUCUGGGACCCAGUUUCUGUUUCUUCCAUCUCCUACAUGGUUCCAACUCCAAUGAGACUCCCUUCUGUGAUGGCACCUCAAUCCAUGAGUUACACCCAACCAGCCUUAAGGACCAGCAAGGCUUGUGCUGCACCCACAAGAAAUAACACAAAAUCCAUGUCGAAGUACCAAAGUGAAAAUGAUUCCGAAUCAGAGGUCAAAACAAAUGAUGAUCUUUCUGCAGCCUGAACUGAAUCACCAACAGCUUCCAAGUCAAUAAACAUUCAUUUGGACAUUCAA